AUGCCAAGAGCCCCAAGAACCUACUCCAAGACGUACUCCACGCCAAAGAGACCAUACGAGUCUGCGCGUCUAGACGCGGAGUUGAAGCUAGCGGGUGAGUACGGUUUGAAGAACAAGCGUGAAAUCUACCGUAUCUCGUUCCAGCUGUCCAAGAUCAGACGUGCUGCCAGAGACUUGUUGACGCGUGACGAGAAGGACCCUAAGCGUCUGUUCGAGGGUAACGCGUUGAUCCGCCGUCUUGUGAGAAUCGGUGUCUUGUCCGAGGACAAGAAGAAGUUGGAUUACGUGUUGGCCUUGAAGAUCGAGGACUUCUUGGAGAGAAGACUGCAGACCCAGGUGUACAAGCUGGGCCUAGCCAAGUCCGUGCACCACGCCAGAGUCUUGAUCACCCAGAGACACAUUGCUGUGGGCAAGCAGAUUGUCAACGUCCCAUCCUUCAUGGUGAGAUUGGACUCCGAGAAGCACAUUGACUUUGCCGUCACCUCUCCAUUCGGCGGUGGCAGACCAGGUAGAGUGGCCAGAAAGAGAGCUGCUGCUGCUGCUGGUGGGGCUGAAGACGAAGAAUAG